AUGGCGGCCGAGUCCACCCAAGAUGACAACCACGAGCGGGCGUGGGAGAAGGCCGAGAAGAAGUUCAGCCACAAAAACGCCAGUCAAUAUUACGACCCGUGCCAGGAUUUCGCUGAUCGAAGUCUCAAAUGCAUGAAGCGGAAUGGCUUCGACCGUGAGAUGUGCCACGACUACUUCCAUGGUUAUCUUGCUAUUGAGCUUAUCGUGAUUGCAAGAAGAAUUGGCUACCUAGGCAAUGCAGCUGGCCCUGACGUUGAUGUGGGCAACACUCACCGCCUUCCAAUCGACUUGCUUCCCCGCCAAAUAAAAAAGUCCCGCCGGUACUCAGAUCCGCUUCAGAUCUCCCUCGACGAUUUCCAGCAGGUGCUGUGCCUGGCACACGACGCGGUGUUCUACCGGCGCAACAACCAAAUCCAAGAUGCCAUUGACGGGCAGAAUUUGAAGCAGGCCCUCCAGCUGAUUGAGAAACGUAUGAAGAAGGGCGAGGACAACGUUUACAUGAAGGCAUGGAAAGCGCAAAUCCUCUCCCGACAUGCAGACAAAACCCAUCACAAGCGUGGGGUGGCAGAGACACUUGAAUUGUGUAAUACAGAGCCAGUCAUAACCGAUAUAGACACCCUAGACAUGCUUCAUCAGACGCUGCAACAGAUGGAUGAGCACACGCACGCGAGGAACAGUCUAUGGGAGAAGGCAGCAAAGGAAAUGCCGCAAGAUGUGGAUAUCCAGAUGAGAUGGUUUGGCUAUGCGUUUGAAAACAAUGAUUGGAAGUCCGCGCAAAAGGCGGCCAUGAGCCUGCAAAAGAACUUUCCCCGGGACCGCAAGUAUUACUUCUGGGCCAUCUUCCUCAGUCAUCUCGUGGCAACCGACGAUGCAAGCUCGGACGGAGAGCGUAAGCUAUUUGGAACGUUGGCAUAUCGCAUGAUUUCAAAGGCGGCAGAUGAUGUUCCAACCAACUCGACCGAUUUGCUCAGCCACCCCAGAGCCAUUCAAACAGCCGAGGAAGUUCUCUUGCUCAUUAAGAUCUUUGAAUCCCAAGGCCGCUAUGACGAAGCUGUGAAGGCUCUUGAACGUGAAAAUGUCGGUCUUAGCUCUAGCAUUGUGCAGAACGAUCAGACCUUCGUCUCCCUCAAACUCAACAACCUGGGAGCGGCCAAGCUGUGGGAAGAAGGGAUAUCCUUUGCACAAAGUCUUCUUGCCGUUCCUGAUGACCCGAACGAGCAAAAGGCACUCCAGGAGCGCGAUGACUGGUCAACCUGGAAUCUCCUGAGUCGGGCCACACGAGAAUUGGGAAAUCCUGAAAUCGCGGCUGAAACACAGAAAUUCAUUGAGAAGUUCAUUGAAUUCAGCCCAAAGUCUCGGAAUGCCCAUCUGGCCCGCAUGGACACAAUCCAGACGAGGAUCGCCUUGGGGGAUCUCACACAAAACGACCUGCUCUCAGCUUGCCAGGAAUACUUUUCUGUCCACAAGCAUAAGCUUUAUGCUUUCGACGAUAUCCGGAGAGCCUUCGAGGGCAAUAGGGCUAUGUUAUCCAACAUGGUUGAUCAUAGCUUGAAAUGUUCUCAAGAUGAGCAGACGACGAUGGUUCCCACGAUCAAUGCACUCAAGCUCGACUACUGUUUGAACAUCUCAAGAAAUGAAAGCAAUGUUUCUAGGGAAAAGAUCGAGGAGUUUGUCGCCAAGUGCUUGUUGCUUUAUCAACAGCCCGCCCACACUGACGAAACGGAGAAGAAGCCAACGACUUCUUCUACAAUUGAGAGCCAGCCCCGGGAUGAUCUAUGUGUUCUAGCAGCGACAAGCCUGCUUUGCCCUUACGGCGCACAACCUAAUGAUGUCAAUUCCCAGAUCCCCGAUGCUGCUCUCGUUCGCGCUGCUGGAAUUCUGGAACGCCUUCUCCUCGAUUCGCCCCACAAUUAUGAGGCCCUUCUGCUCUUGGUUCGCAUCUAUCUUCGUCUGGGCGUGGGCUCACUUGCAUUGAGCACGUUCAGCAAGAUGAAUAUCAAGCAAUUGCAGUAUGAAAGCGUUGCUCAUCAACUUUUCACCCGCCUCGCUACCAUCCAUCCUCAAUCGGCACCGCCAAUUGAAGGCGCAGAGCUUAGGGACUUCCACCCACAAUCAGCAUUCGUUCAGGCUCUCAACUUCUAUCGCAACGCGGAAGUCACCUGCAUGAAAUACAGAACGAGUGGCUUGGAUCAUGGAAGCUACUUGAAUGUGGAGGAGACAAUCGAGCUCCGGAGACGCUUGCAAAACAGUAUCUGUCGCAGAAUGUACGCCCUGGACGUGCGACGCAUGCAGAGACUCGUGGGAGGAGACCCGAUGUCACGUUACGAUGGGCUUGCCCAGGAAUGUUCCCCCGCCGUUGAUGGGCGGAGUCCUAGUGCGUUUGUGAGCUGCGAAUUCAAGGAUAUGCCCUCAGUCGAAGAGCGGCUUCGUCUAGGACCGCUUCCUAAAGAAAAUUGGCUGGCCUCGGCUAGACUUACCGAUCGUCUUUUCGGUAUCAUCAGAGGUAUCUCGAUCCAAAAGCCAUUGACUCCGGAGAUCGAGCUGCCGGCUUUGGAUGGAUUGUCGCUUUCAAGAACUGAAGAGGAUCGGACCGACGCGGAGAAGGAUGUGGCCAAAAUCCAUGGAGAGCUCCUCAACGUGGCAUUGUUCAUGGCUGGGUCGAAGACCAUUGCCCCGGAACAGGCUGAUCGUGCCCUGGGAGAGGUGGAGGACUGGAUGGUUUCUAAGAAGAAGGCUCUGGCCCUCAACGAAGCUAAAGUCUCGCCCAUUAUUGCCAACACAGCGCUUUGCCUGCAAGCAGACACCCCCACUGCACCGACGUGGCGAUACUUCCAUUUCAUUUUCACGCUCCUUGAAACUCUCAAGGCCCUAUCUCAGCUAGUUACAUUGGCUUCACGAAAAGCCUCCAAGAUUGUGAAGCUGCCCAAGGAACGCGUGGAUCGAUUGGCUGCUCUUGUGCCGGAGGUUUUUGAGAGUGUUCGUGCCAACACGCGAGAGCUGAAGCUGCGCGUCUCUGGAUCGGGUCUUCUCGGAUCCUUGACAGACCUGGUGACGGAGGGUGACCAGACUGGUAAGUACGGGGAGCAGUACCGUACUGCUCACACAAAGCAUCUGGACAUGCCCGCGGUCGAGCUGUUCUGUGCUUCCUUGAUGGAGAGCUGGGAGGAAGCACUUGACGGAGUGAUGAGUGUGAAGCUGUGA